ACCGCUGUCUUUUGAGCGGCGCACGUGGAGCAAAAUCAAAGUGCUCACGUUUUUAUUAAAUUCUGCUCGAAAAAAACGAAUAAAUUAAAUUAAAAAUAUGGGUCGCAAGGCUGAGUACAGUGAUAAACCGAAAAAGGGACCUGGCCGAAAGGCGCGAAAGCAGGGAGCGCCCGUUUUCCGCAAACAAUCGUUCGCUCCCAUGGAGGAGGAAGAAAAGAAACUUUCCCACCGGCAAAAGCAGCGAUUCGUCAAGAGGGAGCAAAAGAAAGUAGUCCAAAAGGCCAAACUGCAGGAGAAGAAGGCUAAGAGUAAACUGCCGAAACCAGCAAAGCGGAGGACGGCUUACAACAGCGACAGUGAUCCGGAGGAUAAUGAGGAGGAGGUGCAGCAGCAGGAGGCUGCAUCCGAUGAAGAGGUGCCUCAAUUAGUUCCAGCUCCCAAAAGCCAAAAAUCCGCCGCUCCCAAGGGAUUUACAGAUGACAACGAUGCCUGGUUGAAACCCAAAAAGCAGAAGCAACAAGUGAAAAAAACAGAAACGGAGUCUGAGGAUGAGGAUGAAGAUGAGGAUGACGAUGAAGACUUGGGGGAUGACUCCCAAGAUGAGCUAGAAGACGACUCCGAAGGCGAGGAAGGCCUUGAAGACGAAGAAUCCGGUGAAGAAGAGGAGGAUGACGAAGAAGAAGAUGACUCUGACGAUAACACCGCACAAGUUGGCAAGCUAGCCGAUUUCUCCGAUGAUGAUGGGGGCAACUCCGACGAUGACUUUGAUAUUUCCGGUGAAGAAGAUGGUGCCGAAGCAGACAGCGAUGAGGAGGAUGAUGAGGACGAUGAAGAUGAUGACGAUGAUGAUAAGUUGCCCAUUGAGCGCGCCAACAAGAAGCUUAAAAAACGCGAAGCUAAGGAAGCCCAGGAAGCUGACGAUGAAAUGUUGGAAACUGUUGAUCGGCAGGAUGUUUUCCAGCUGCCUAAUGACGACGAAGAGGCCGAAAAGGACCUUACUUUACAGGAGGUGCAGCAGCGCAUAAAAGACGUUAGUUUGGUACUUUCCGACUUCAAAAAGUACCGCCAGGCAGAUCGGUCUCGCGGAGAAUACAUCGACUUGCUGCGCCGCGACCUGUGUCUUUACUACAGCUACAACGAGUUUUUGAUGGAGAAGCUGAUGGAUAUGUUGCCUUUAACUGAGCUUAUGGAAUAUCUGGAGGCCUCAGAGAUUGCUCGUCCGCUGACCAUUCGAACCAAUACUUUAAAAACCCGUCGUCGGGACUUGGCCGGCGCUCUGAUCAAUCGCGGCGUCAACUUGGAUCCCCUGGGCAAGUGGACUAAAGUGGGAUUGGUCGUUUUUAACUCGCAAGUGCCACUGGGUGCCACACCAGAGUAUUUGGCAGGCCACUACAUGAUCCAGGGAGCAUCCUCGCUGCUGCCCGUGAUGGCACUCGCCCCGCAGGAGAACGAACGCAUCCUAGACAUGUGUUCUGCCCCUGGUGGCAAGGGGUCCCACAUUGCUUCCAUCAUGAAGAACACGGGUACGCUAUUCGCCAACGAUUCCAACAGAGAUCGUAUCAAGGCCAUUGUGGCUAACUUCCAUCGGCUGGGAAUUGUAAAUGCUGUGGUUAGCUGCGAAGAUGGUACCAAACUCCGUGGUAUUAUUAGUGGCUUUGAUCGUGUCCUGCUAGAUGCUCCCUGCACAGGAACUGGCGUCGUCUCCAAGGAUCCUAGUGUGAAGACAACCAAGUCGGAAGUUGAUGUGCAGCGGUGCUACAACCUGCAGAGGAAGCUCCUCCUUACUGCCAUCGAUUGUACGAAUGCGAAUUCAUCGUCCGGCGGCUAUAUUGUGUACUCCACUUGCUCAGUGCUGCCCGAGGAGAAUGAAUGGGUGAUCGAUUAUGCGCUGAAGAAGCGAAAUGUCAAGCUUGUACCCACUGGUCUGGACUUUGGAGUCGAGGGCUUCACAAAGUUCAGACAGCAUCGGUUCCAUCCUAGUUUAAACCUCACCAAGCGAUACUAUCCACAUACCCACAAUAUGGAUGGAUUCUACGUGGCCAAGUUGAAGAAGUUCUCGAACACCAUACCCAUUACAAAGGAGCAGCAGGAGGAGGAUGAGAAGCAGCUUGACGAGGCCAUCGCGGCUGAGGCCACCACAGAAAGUACCGAGGAGCCUAAGGAGGAGGAGGAGGAGGGGGCAACAAAGGGUCCACGAAAAUUGCUCGGUAAGCGAGCUGGUAAACCUAGUUUCACCGAAAUUGAGCAGGAGCUGAAGAAAAAGAAGCGGGAGGAGAGCAAAACCAAGUAUGUGGCCAAGGUAUUUGAGCAGCCCGUAAAGGCGCCCAAAAAGCCAAAGCCGGAACAGCCCGCAGAGAAGAAGGAGAAGAAAUCCCAGGCACCAGUAGAGAAAACAAACGGAAGUGAGGCACCAUCGAAACCUGCGGAAAAGAAGAGCCAAGUCAACGGCAAUGCUGCAGCUCCCAAAUCAAAUGCCAAAUCAUUCAAGAAAAAGAACCAAGCAGCAGCACCAAAGGAAAACGGAAACGAUUCACCAAUCAAACCAGUGGGAAAAAAGUCCACAACCACCGUCACUAAUUCACCUUCCAAGCCUUCAGCACAGGAACAGAAAACGAAACCGCAGCAAAAGGUGGAACAGCCGGCGAAAGGCAAGCCAUCCAAACUAGCCAAGGCACCGCGAGUGGAUAUUGAUGAUGUACCCAUUCUGGAGGGCAAGCCUAUCAAGAAGCAGAACAAGCUGAAGCAGAAAUCCAAGCAGAUCGGCCAGUUGAAAAAGUCCAAGACGGGUGCAAACGCGGGAAAGAAGCAAAAGUUCAAGAAGUGAACACCUUAGAUCCAGUUUGGUUAAGUAGACUUUAAGCCUGUAUAGUUGGGGUAGUCCCAACAUGAUUACCUGUUUUAUAUUGAGAACUGUCUUAGCUUUGGAUUGAAGAUUGAACUACAACAGUGCUGUAAUUACCAAUCAGAUUCAAUAAACACUAAGCUCAGAUGAAUGUA